CUUGUGUCAUCUCCUCCAGGGUGUGACUGCCAAACUUUUGCGUGUGGCAGUGCGCCCCUCAACACGAAAAUCGUUGGAGGAGAGGACGCGUCUGCCGGCGCUUGGCCAUGGCAGGUCAGCCUUCAUGAGGAUGGGAGUCAUUUCUGCGGUGGAUCACUCAUCAACACUGAAUGGGUUCUGUCAGCAGCUCACUGCUUUCCAAGUACCCCCGAUCCUGCGGUCUAUACUGUGUACCUGGGUCGACAGAGUCAAGAACUAUCCAAUCCAAACGAGGUGUCAGUGUCCGUCUCUCAAGUCAUACUUCAUCCAGAAUACGACAACCUUCCCAAUAACAAUGACAUGGCUCUGCUGCGUCUGUCCUCACCUGUGACCUUCACUAAUUUUAUCCAACCAGUCUGUCUGGCAGCAGAGGGAAGCAUAUUCAACAGUGACACGAUGUGGGUCACAGGAUGGGGAACCAUUUAUUCAGGCGUACCCCUUCCUUCACCUCAAAACCUGCAGGAGGUGGAUGUGCCCAUGGUUGGAAACACUAAGUGUGACUGCCUUAAUGGAGGAAUAACAGAAAACAUGAUGUGUGCUGGACCAUUGGAAGGUGGAAAAGAUUCCUGCCAGGGUGACUCUGGAGGUCCAAUGGUCAUCAGACAGGGCUCUACAUGGAUCCAGGCUGGCGUUGUGAGUUUCGGUAAAGGUUGUGCUCUGCCUAAUCUUCCUGGUGUGUACGCCAGAGUGUCCAACUACCAGAACUGGAUCACUCAGCAUGUGGGCAUGAACAAUGCGAGCUUCAUCCCUUUUACCUCCACUGCGCCCGUUCUGGAUGAGACCUGUCCUACAUCAGUGCCAGUGUGUGGAGGUUCUGCAGGUUCAUGGCCAUGGAUGGCUAGUGUAACUUAUCGCAAUUAUCCAAUGUGUGUAGGAACUCUGGUCUCUGACCUAUUCGUCAUGACCUCUGUUAGCUGCUUUGCCAGAUUCAUGGGUACGGAUGGAUGGGAAGUCGUCCUCAAUGUUGUCCAACCAGACUGCUCCAGCAUGCCAAUUGCAUCCGGUGUGGAAAAUGUCUUUUUCGACGAUGUUUUAGGAAACGGUGUAGCACUCCUGCAAUUGACUCAUCCGUUUUCUCAAGUUGGCAAUUUACCGGUUGACAUGUAUAAUCCAAGCUUUGGCCCUGGUACUCAGUGUUCAGUAAUUGGUUGGGACUCAGAUGCUGGUACAUAUCUACCUUUUCAGGAAUUGCAGACCACCAUUGUAAACUGCGAUCCUUCACACACCACACAGGUCAACAUCUGCACAGAGCGUUUGGAGGUUCAGCAGGACGAUGACGGCAGUCCUCUGUUGUGUAGAAUGAACGACAUGUGGAUUCAGACUGGUAUUCUGUCCAUUCCCCCUGGCAGUGAGAUCGACCCAUUCUCCAACAGCACAGUCUUCAUCCAGACCACUCCCUUCAGCAACUUCCUGACUAACACUAUCUACAACGUCCCAUCUAUUCUGGAUGGGGCAGAGGCAUUCUCGCCCCUCUCUCUCACUUACAUCCUUCUGCUCUCUCUCCCAGCAGUCCUCCAGGCCUUUUUCUGAAGCGGCCAUCUGUCACUUCAUCACUGAAUAAACUAGCAUAUGCAGUACAUUAUAUGGGACAUUAAAGGGAAUUAGCUCUUACAUUAGAAAUAAAGCUAUAUAAAUCUUUAAUUUGAAUUAAAUAAUUAAGGUGGGAGCUCAACACUUUGCAUAUUCCAAAAAAAACUAAAAAACUUUUGUUUCUCAAUUUCUGUAACUCGCGCUCUCCAGUAAAUGAACUCCAUUACUCUUGAAAUUACAAUUUAAAUAAAUUUGUGCUUAUGGAAAUCUGUCUAAGAGAACAAUGUAUCGUCCAUAAUAAAGUUGUUUAUUGUCCUGAAACCUGAAGAGAAUUAUCUAUUUUUGA